AUGCUGCGGCAGAAGAACAACCGUGUACAGCUCACAGGGGUGGCAGGUACUAUGAUCUACGGCCCCUUCAGUCGAGGCGUCGUGCAUGAGACAUGGAAUCCCGAUGUGGCACACCCAGAAAACAUCGCUGCAUUUACGCGCAGAGGCCACGGCGACUUCUCUUUAGGCGAAGUCAAUACCACUCUACUUGUACGGGAUAGGCAUCCCCUUCUCAUCCUGACAGGAGGAUCACCGUGUACGGGUGCUGACCACCUUCGGGCUUCGACCGCUGUACGCUUCAUAUGUGAUACGUCUGUUUUCGGAUCAGGAAAGCCUCGGCUAGUCGCACAGCUUCCGCCGAACGAUGAGUCGGCGUGUGCAUUCUUUAUUGAAUGGAGGACACACUUAGCGUGUCCUACUAGCGAGCCAUCAGGCUUCUGGGGAGGCCUGAUCGUCGGUAUGUCCAUGAUCGCGCUGGUGCUUGUCAUGCUUUACCUUGUCGGUGGAACGCUGUAUAGGCGAUAUGUCCUCCAGCAGCGCGGCUUCGACCAAAUCCCUCGUGUCUCUUCGCUGGACAACAUGCGCGUUCUUGGAACAAUGGAGACCGUUCUGGCCCAGGCUUCGAACGACUGCCGUCCCUUCCAGAAGAAGAGGAAGCAAUUUUGGGAUCAGAAAGCGACGGGCAAAGCCACGGGCAUUCUUUCUCAAAUGACGCCGCGCGAGAGAGUGAUAGGCACGCGGGCAUCCCAGGCAGCGACGUAG